AUGAAUUUAAAGAGGACUCUAUUACUACGUCUAAGUGAUAAUGGUGAACCUAUCACUAGUAGCUCAUAUGGUAAUGGUGUAUUAACUUUACCUUCUUUACCAUUACCUGAUGACAGUUCAGAUUCUACUCCAAUGUAUACUGUUCGUAUAUUAAUUGCUGCAUCAUCACCAAUUGCUAGAGAUGGACUUAUUUGGACAAAUUGUCCACCUGAUCACAUAAUUCCAUUUAAAAGAGAUAAAUUUUAUAAAAAAAUCGUUAAUUCAAGUUUUCAUAAAGAUGAUACAAUUGAUUUAAAUUUAUAUAAACCAGGUUCUUAUUGUUUUUAUCUUUCAUUUAGAAAUAAUAAUGAACAAUUAGAGACAACAAGAAAAUUUUAUUUUGUUGUAUUGCCUGUAUUAAAAUUAAACAAUAAUUUUUUACAAUUAAAUUCAAUCGCAAUGCAAAGUGUCAUAUCAAAAUGGAUGGGUCCAACUUUAAAAGAUUGGGAUAACGUUUUUAGUAAAAUUUCUGAAAAAAAUUAUAAUAUGGUUCAUUUCACACCUUUACAACAUCGUGGUGAAUCAAAUUCACCAUAUUCAAUUUAUGAUCAAUUAGAAUUCGACCCAAAAUUAUUUAACAACAAAGAGGAUGUUCAAAAGAUGGUUACUCAUUUACAUAAACAUUAUGGUAUGUUAGCUUUAACUGAUAUUGUCUUUAAUCAUACUGCAAAUAAUUCAAAUUGGUUAAGACAACAUCCUGAAGCUGGUUAUAAUCAUCAAACUGCUCCACAUUUAAUUUCUGCAAUUCAAUUAGAUGGUGCUUUAAUUGAAUUUAGUAGGAAUUUAAAAAAAUGGGGUUAUCCAACUGAAUUAAAAUCAAUCGAUGAUUUAUUUAAAAUUAUGGAUGGUAUUAAAGUUCAUGUUUUAGGUUCAUUAAAACUUUGGGAAUACUAUGUUUUAAAUGUUCAAGAUACUUUAAAUGAUGUAGAAAAAUUAUGGUCAACAAUCAAUAUAGAUUCAAAGGAUAGUCAAUUAUAUAAACAAAGUCCUGAUUGUAUUGAAAAUAUUGAAGAUUUCGCUAAAUUUGUAUUAGAAAAUACAACAGAUUCAUCAUUUAAUACUUUAUCAACAAGAGGUGCUAAACAUUUAGAUUUAAAAAUUUUAAUUAAAAUUUUAAAAAUUAAUUUUGGUGAAAUUUAUAAUGAUGAAAACACUGAACGUAUUCAUAAAAUUUUAGAUGAAAUUAAUUUACCAUUAUAUGGUGAAUAUGAUGAUGAUAUUAGUGAAAUCUUAGAACAAUUAUUUAAUCGUAUCAAAUAUUUAAGAUUAGAUGAAAAUGGUCCUAAACAAGGUCCAAUUACUGUAAAUUCUCCUUUAACUGAACCUUAUUUUACUAGAUUUAAAGGUGCUGAUGGUGAAUCAUACGCUUUAGCAAAUAAUGGUUGGAUUUGGAAUGGUAAUCCUUUAGUAGAUUUUGCAUCUUCACAAUCAAAGGCUUAUCUUCGUAGAGAAGUUAUAGUAUGGGGAGAUUGUGUUAAAUUACGUUAUGGUAAAGGUCCAAAGGAUUCUCCUUAUUUGUGGUCAAGAAUGGAAAAAUAUAUUGAAAUUAAUGCUACAAUAUUUGAUGGUUUCAGAAUAGAUAAUUGUCAUUCAACUCCUUUGCAUGUUGGUGAAUACUUCUUAGAUCAUGCAAGAAAAUUCAAUCCAAAUCUUUAUGUAGUUGCUGAAUUAUUUUCUGGUUCUGAACAAUUAGAUUGUUUAUUUGUUGAAAGAUUAGCCAUAUCUUCUUUAAUUAGAGAAGCUAUGCAAGCUUGGUCAGAAGAAGAAUUAUCACGUUUAAUUCACAAACAUGGUGGUAGACCAAUUGGAUCGUAUAAAUUUGUACCAAUGGAUAAUUUCCCUUAUCCAUCUGAUAUUUCUGUUGAUCAGGAAUAUUGUGAAUAUAAUCCAGAAUCGAAUCAAGUUCAUUGCGUAUCAGAGAUUAAUAUCCCAAAGAUUUUAACAGCAACACCUCCACAUGCUUUAUUCAUGGAUUGUACUCAUGAUAACGAAAUGCCAUAUCAAAAGAGAACCGUUGAAGAUACUUUGCCUAAUGCUGCUCUAGUUUCUUUAUGUUCUUCUGCUAUUGGUUCGGUUUACGGUUAUGAUGAAAUUUACCCACAUUUAUUAGAUCUUGUUAACGAAAAGAGAACUUAUGAUACUGAAUCAUGUAUUGGUAUUGGUCCAGUGAAGUCCAAACUAAAUGAAAUUAGAGAAAAAAUAAGUAAAAAAUCUAUUGAUAUUGAAGAUUCAGAGAUGCAUGUCCACCAUGAGGGACAAUUUAUUACUUUCCAUCGUACUGAUGUUAAAUCAGGCUCAGGUUGGUAUUUAAUUGCUAGAAUGAAAUUUAAUGAAGAUAGUAACGAGCAAGAAUUACCACCGAUUAUUUUGUCUCAAUCAAAAUGUAAAUUGAAUUUUGCUUAUACUUUAGAAAGAGUUGGUACAAUAGAAGAUCUUCACGAUGAUUUGAAGAUUGAAGGUAUUCCAACAAAAUUAAUUGAAUUAAAAGGAUUUGAAGUGUCAUAUGAUGAAAAAGAACAACAAAGCAAAAUUAUUUUACCAAAGGAUUUCCCUGCUGGGUCUAUCGCUAUUUUUGAAACUCAACAAAAUGGUGUUGAUUUAUCUUUAGACCACUUCAUCAGAUCAGGAGCAAUGAAAGCUACGGCCAAUGUGACAUUACAAUCUUUGAAUCCAAUUAUGUACCAUGCUGCAAGUGAAGAACUAGAUUGUAGCGGAGGUAAAGAAGGCACUUAUAAUGUCCCAGCAAUUGGCAAUCUAGUUUAUUGUGGUCUACAAGGUUGGAUUUCUGAACUGAGAAAGAUUGUCUUUAAUAACGAUUUGGCUCACCCAUUGAGUGAGAAUUUACGUGAAGGUACUUGGGCCUUAGAUUAUGUCGUUAAUAGACUUGACUAUUAUAAGGAUGAACCUGGUGUCGUCGAUGUCCAAAACUGGUUACGUUCUCGUAUGAAUAGAAUUAAGGUCCUACCAAAUUACUUAAGACCAAGCUACUUUGCCUUGAUUAUUGGUAUAUUAUACGGAUGUUGUCGUUUACGUGCCAUGCAAUUAAUGUCCAUUAAUAUUGGUAAAUCAACCACUUUUGUUCAAAGUUUAGGUCUUGUAUCGGUCCAAAUGAUGGCAAAGGUUAACUCUACUUCUAUUUUCCCAGAUGAAACCGUUUAUGCAAUGGCUGCAGGUUUACCUCAUUUCAGCACUAAUUACAUGAGAUGUUGGGGUAGAGAUAUUUUCAUCUCUUUACGUGGUUUAUUAUUAACAACUGGUAGAUUUGAAGAGGCCAAAGAACAUUUAUUAGCGUUCGCAAAGACUUUGAAACAUGGUAUGAUUCCAAACUUACUUGAUGCAGGUAGAAAUCCAAGAUAUAAUGCUCGUGAUGCAGCAUGGUUUUUCUUACAAGCUAUCCAAGAUUAUGUUAACAUUGUUCCAAAUGGUGAAGAAAUAUUAAAGGAGAAGGUCUCCAGAAGGUUCCCAUUGGAUGAUACAUGGGUGGCUGAAGAUGACAUUAGAGCAUUUAGUUAUUCUAGUACGAUUGAAGACAUUAUUUAUGAAAUAUUAAAGAGACAUGCAAGUGGUAUCGAAUAUAGAGAAGCUAAUGCAGGUCCUAAGUUAGACCGCGUCAUGACAGACGAUGGUUUUAAUGUUGAGGUACACGUCGAUUGGAACACUGGUUUGAUUCAUGGUGGUUCACAAAAUAACUGUGGUACCUGGAUGGAUAAAAUGGGAGAAAGUGAAAAGGCCGGUUCUGUAGGUGUACCUGGUACCCCAAGAGAUGGUGCUGCCAUUGAAAUUAAUGGUCUAUUGAAGAGUACACUAAGAUUUGUCAUUGAAUUACAAUCCAAGGGUUUAUUUAAAUAUACUCAAGUAUCAAAGACCGAUGGUAAAGGAACAAUUUCUUUUGAGGAAUGGAACCAACUUCUACAAGAUAAUUUCGAAAAGAAAUUCUACAUUCCUUUAGAUCCAGAGGAUGAUAAAAACUUUGAUGUCGAUUCAAGUAUUGUGAAUAGGAGAGGUAUAUACAAGGAUCUUUACAAGAGUGGGAAACCAUACGAGGACUACCAAUUCCGUCCAAAUUUUGCAGUAGCAAUGGUCGCUGCACCAGAGUUAUUUACUCCAGAAUAUGCUACACAUUGUCUAGAGUUAGCUGAUGAGAUAUUAAGAGGUCCAUUAGGUAUGGCUACCUUAGAUCCAAGUGAUUAUAACUAUCACCCAUACUAUAUCAACAGUGAGGACUCCGAAAAUUUCGCCACAAGUAAAGGGAGAAACUAUCAUCAAGGUCCAGAAUGGGCAUGGCCAGAAGGUUAUUUCCUAAGGGCAUAUUUACAUUUUAAUUUCUUAACAAACCCUAGAGCCUGUAAUGAGCACAAGAACAAACCAUCAUCUUACUUGUAUCAACAACUCUAUCAAAGAUUAUCCAAACAAAGAGAUGAAAUAAUGAACAGCCCAUGGGCAGGUCUUCCUGAACUAACAAACAGAGAUGGCGAGUUCUGCCAGGAUUCAAGUCCAACACAAGCCUGGAGUGCUGCCACUUUACUGGAUCUAUUCUAUGAUCUAUGGAGCUCUUUUGAAGAUGAAGACCAAUGGGAAUAA